GGUUUCAUUAACUCGGAGCAAGCUGCAACUAUGCCUGCGGUUUCUGCAGCUGUCCUAGCUACAAAGAAGAAGUCUUUUGUCAGUAUUCAUGAUGCAGUGAAAGCCGGUGAUGUGAAGGAGCUCGAGCUGAUGGUAAAAAAUGGAGCCAGCAUUAAUGAAGUCGAUCCCAUUCACAAAUUCACUCCAUUGCAAUGGGCGGUGCACUCGGACGGUUUAGAGUGUCUGCACUGGUUGCUUUGGCACGGUGCUGAUCUGACAGAUGUAACUUCCAGGGGCUGGACAGCAGCACAUAUCGCAGCCAUCAGGGGUCACGAUGCCUGUAUGCAGGCCCUGGUAACAAAUGGUGCCAAUUUAACAGCAAAGGAUGAUAGAGGCUGUACUCCACUGCAUUUGGCUGCUGCCCAUGGACAUUCCUACACACUUCAGACUAUUCUUCGCAGUGGUGUGGACACAAAUUCAACAGACAAAACUGGUUGGAGGAGUGUCCAUUAUGCAGUUUUUCAUGGCAGGCUGGGCUGCUUGCAGCUUCUCGUCAGAUGGGGAGCGGAUGUGAGUGAGGUGGACCGUGAUGGCAAUUUACCAGUUCAUCUUGCAGCCAUGGAAGGACAUUUGCAUUGCUUUAAGUUUCUUGUCUGCCAUGGAGACAGCAUGACCGAGAUACUGGGGGCCAGGAAUGAUCAAGGUGAAACCCCAAAGGAUCUUGCAAAGAGAUUCUAUAAGGACAACAUAGUGCAGUACAUUUUGGCUGUGGAACGUGAACGGGAUCAUCCAGUUGAUCAAGAAAAUCUUGCAUUUCCAGCUCAUGUAAGUGCAUUCAAAGGAGAUCAUGAGACUCUGAGACAGCUAGUCGAAUCUGGAGUAAUUAACAUCAAUGAAAGAGAUGAUAAGGGUUCCACCCCCAUGCAUAAAGCUGCUGGGCAAGGACACAUUGGUUGCCUGCAAUGGCUUAUAGAAGUGGGAGCAGACCAUCACAUCAGAAAUGAUGCUGGAGAGACACCAAAGGAUGUGGCUAAGAGAUUUUCCCAGUUGGCAGCAGUUAAUCUUCUGGGUGGAGGCAUAGAUGAUGAUUCUGAUGAAGAACUGAGUAAAGACAAUCUCAACUUCUUUCGCCAACAUGUUAUAGAAUCAAGUACAGAUAAUCAGGAUAACAUUAACCUGAGUGGGGCUCAGAAGAAGGAAGCAAGGAUGAGGGCCUAUGAAAAGAUUGAAAAAUUUGAACGGUUAUUAGAAAUUGCAAAAAGCAACUACAGACAACUUGGAGGCAUGCUGGAGGAAGACCAUCUCCGGCAGAAGGAAGAGAAAGAAGCAGAAAGAAUGUUGCAGGAGUUGCAGGCGCAACUGGAGUAUGAACGUCUUCGCCGGGAGAAGCUGGAGUGCCAGCUGGAUGACUGUCGAGCCGAGAUAGGCCAUCUAAAUCAGUGUCUGGAAAAGCUGAAAACAUCUGAUGGCUCUGUGGAAGAAACUUUGGAAGAGCCUGUUAAAGGGAAAAGAAAAGGAAAAAAGAAACCGGUGACCAAUUCUGGAGGUGUGUUUGUGCGACGUGUUCCUUUGACAAGAACAGUGACAAACCCAGACCACUCUGAUAUUCCAGGAUCCUUUGCCAUAGGCACAUUUAAAUCUGUAAUCCAAUCUAGACCAUAACCUUAC